AAGAUCCCUCCGCACCGAAAUGUGUGAUCUGUCUUGCACCCGACUGCACCCGAGGUGCAGCGCGCUGCUCUAGGGAAAACGCACGCACGAUGGGCCGAUGGUGUUCACAGAUCGAUAGUGAAUUUUUUUUUGCAGUCACCCGUCCCAGUUUUCUCCCUCCCUCCCUCUCCUUUCGUCUCUCUUUAUCUUUCGUGAUCUCUGUCGCUCUUCGUCAUUGUAUAAACAGAGAGAACGAGAAGAGGAGACAGAAAGAAAGAAAGAGAGAAAAGACUCGCCGCCAUCGCUUUCCUAAUGAUAAACGAGUGAUUUCCCGCUGCGCUUGUUCCUUCGCGAAACGCGCUUUCGCGCUGAAGUUAGCCGUCGUCGCGAUUGGGCGGGUCUCUCUCUUUCUCUCUCGCUCGUUCUGUCCGUUGCGCGUGCAUUUUCGUAGUCCGCGAUUUAGGCUCGUCCACGUUACAUAGCUCGCGCUUUUCCACCAGAUAUCACGCCUUCGCGUUUCCCUUUCCGCAGCCGUCACUUGUGUCUCUCUCGCCUUCUGCCCUUUUUUCCUCUUCUUUCGCAAGCAAACGUGCGCGCUCCGCACAUACGCUCUCGAUCUACGCGCGGAUGGAUUUCCGCGGCCUAUUUCAGCCAAUUAAACGGCCAGCAUGACAUCAGAGCAGAAAGCGUCUCUCUCUCUCUCUCUCGUUGCAUCGCGGUCCAACAUUCCUAUCAAUUUGCGGACCCGUCGGGGGCGGGGUGAAGCGAACGGGCGAAAGCACCCUCCUUCCUUCGUUCGCCCCGGAUUUAUCGGUCUCGCGCGCCUUCGUCGAGAAUAAUCGCGCACCACGAAUCUUAAGCGGCCCCUUUUCGUCCCCUCCACCCCUCCUCCUGCCCGUCUAUCUGUCCGUCCGUCCAUCCAUCCAUCCAUCCAUCUGUCCGUUCCGUGGUAAGGGCGAUUUUUUCCCCGUGGUCGAGUCGUUGCGCGAUCACUCGCGUUCCGCCCGACGUUCCAAUUAGUUCCCCGAUAUUGCUGUCGGGCUGCUGGUGCACGUACUACUACUACGUGCUCGCGGUGUGCGAUAUCUUUCUCCUUUAUUCCGACGAGAUCGCCGUUCCCAUCGCGGUUACGGCGCUCGGAUGUAAAAAAAAAAAUAAUGGACGCUGCGGUACUAUCAGUCUCUCUGCAUCGAUGCGACGACGAUGCUCGUGUCCGCGAGUUACGCUCGAGAUACUUUUGACAUAUCGAUCCUGCCUUAUGACUGUCUCUCCCUCCAAGUGCAUACGCGCCACUUGUAAACGACCUAAAGACGGUUCCGAGAGCGUGUACUCCGUAGGAAGUGAAAGUUUAAGGGAAAAGAGUGAUUUGCAGCGGUUGCGUAAGAUUUGAUACGGUUUCGAGCCCAGUAGGGAUUCGCGGUCGGAGGAGAUUAUUCUUCUUUUCACGGGAAAUGUUAACGGAUGACAAUUGCAGUAGGAUGGAAUGGGUGGAGAUCAUAGAGCCACGCACCAAGGAACACAUGUACGCUAACCUGACCACGGGAGAAUGCGUUUGGGAUCCUCCGCCAGGUGUACCAGUAAAAAAGACGGACAACAAUCAGUGGUGGGAGUUAUUUGAUCAGAACACCUCGCGAUUUUAUUAUUACAAUGCGACAUCACAGAAAACCGUGUGGCACCGCCCGACCGACUGUGACAUCAUACCACUGGCGAAACUUCAGACAUUGAAGCAGAACACGGAACCUCCGAGCGGCAGCACGUCUGACGCUCAAAAAGUAACCGAGCCGAGGAAAAAGGAGUCGGUUUCGACGCAAACGCAGACUCCCUCAGUCAGCCGGUCGACGCGAUUCAAUCACCAAGAGAGUCCGAAUUUGGCUCCGACGCUGCAAGUUGGCAGCGCGAACAAAACGCGAACUUCUACGGUCGGCGUCGACCUUCAGACAUCCCCUCCCUCCCCGUCUCCGUCUUCGAGGCGUCAUCACCACCACCAUCAUCAUCACAAUAAUAGGCACCACAGGCACCAUGAAGUACCUACUGCACGCAGGCAACACAAUCACUCGCAGGACUCUGGCAGAUCUAGCGACAGUUCCGUCUCGCACAGUAGAACUUCUCUGGAGUCGACCAGUUAUCGUCUGUUGGAUUCGCCGCACAGGCAUCAUCAUCGUUCGGCCGCACAAACGCCGGCGAGCACCGCGCAAUCGUCCCCUCGGCAGCACAGCGGCACUUUAGAAACCAGGUGCCACAAAAGUGGCACUUUGGAAAGCGUGAAGAAUCAAAAGUCGGUGUCGUUAGGGGAACCACCGCCAUUGGGCCUGUCACUUUCGACCAGCACGCCGCUUUUCAAGAAGAAGACGUUCAGCGAUCCACAACGCGAAGGUAGGACGGGGAAUUUGGACCUGGACAAAAGUAAAAAUGGUAGGGAAAGUAGCAGAGGCUCGUACGGCCCCGAGCCGAGCACCUCGCCGUAUCGCGAGUCGAUGAUGGAAUCCCGAGUCUUCAGGCAGGAAAUGCCGCCAUAUCGUCCGCCGGAGGUACAGCUUAGCCAUAGUUACAAGUCGCAGGGUGAGAAAUACGGUUCCUUGGUGGAGAGCGGCAAUCGUUACCACAGGGAGAUGCAGCAUCACCGUGAACGCGUCAAUAGUCUCGACAAGACGAACCCGCCAGCCUUUUAUCCAAGUUCCAUGCAUACGAGAAACGUGAAUAAGCAGGAUAAUACGGGUAGCAUAGGUAGGAGGCAUCACGGCUGCUCGGCGUCACUCUCGGAAGCGAAUGUCAGGGACAUGUAUGGUGCAAUGUUGUCCGAGAGGAACGAUCCGGCCAAGAGUCUCGGUCGAGCGGCCGGGGUGCACAGUAGUAACUCAUCGAAGCAGAGAGGAGGCCUUGAAGCUGUGGAGAGAGACCGGGAGAAGGAGUACCGAAGAAACACAGCGUGCAAUAAUUCACUGGACUGUGUACCGCAGCCGUUGGGACGCAGUUACAGUUUCGUACAACAGCAGAAGCAGCAGCAGAAGCAACAGCAGCAGUUGCAGCAAGCUAGCAGGAGGAGGGAACGGGACGACGAUUCCAUGCACGAGCGUUACUUGAUCAGUCAGACCCACGAUCAGUCCAGGCAGCGACUCAGUAGCAACACUAGCAGCAGCAACAGCAGCAAUAGCAGCAGCAACAGUGCCGUAGGCGAAGAGACCGAGGGUCACGCCGAGGGCGACAACGGCAAGAAGAAGAGGAGCAACGGAAAUCCCAGUCCGCCACCGUCGCCGUUCUACGGUAACCUUCUGGCCGAUGCCGAUCACUUGUUACCGUUGCAGCAUUAUAUCCUCCAACAAGCGAAGUUAUCAGGUUGUUACAAGUUCGGGGAUCCUCUACUAGUGGAGGAAGGGGAAGAUUCGCUGGAUGAAGAAGGUGGCAGGGGCGAAGGUAUCGGCGGGAGAGUCGAUGACGAUUCGGACGAUCAGUUCGCCGACGACGAGGCGGCCAGCAAUCAGGGCGAUUCUUCCAGUCAAGAGUAUCUCGAGGAUCAUUAUGCCGACUUAAGAAACUACGACACCGCGGGUCUGGCGACUUACUACAACACGGCCGACACUUUGACGAGGCCGCGGCCGCCCUCGCCGCCGAACAUCGUGUCCCAGAUAGAAGCGAGAGACAGCGUGGUGACCACGAGGCAAGUCUCUUUACCAACGGCCACCUCGGUGACCUCAGCCGCUACUCCGAGUAUCGGCACGACGAUUGACAACACUGACCUGGACGAAGCGCGGCGGGAUGACAGCAUGGGCGGCGGCGACAUCGAGAAGUACGCGCAGGACAAUCUCAAUCUGAACUGCGGCAGACCGAAGGGACUGAGGUUGUUGUUUCGAAAGAAGUUCAGCGUGCGGGAUAUUCUCAGCUGGUCCAAGGACCCGAUUCCGCAGCCCAUGCUCGCGAUGGUGGACGGCGAGAAGUUACUCAAGCGGGAAGCUUGCAAUCUGUUCCGCCUGGUCCAGGUGUACAUGGGCGAUCGUAAGGCCAACGUCGGCAUGACGCUGGACGGAGUCGCCAUGGAUAUUGUGAACACCGCGUUCUCGAAGCCGCCGUUGCGGGACGAGCUCUACGUUCAGAUCUGCCGGCAGACGACGGAGAAUCCACGGAAGGAGAGCCUGCGACGCGGCUGGGAACUAAUGGCUGUGUGUCUGGCCUUCGUGCCGCCUAGCGCCACGUUCGAGCCCUACCUGGAAGGUUACAUGAACAGGCAUCGCGAUCCCAACUUCCAAUUUCCCGAGGUCGCUAAAUGGCCGAUACACGUGCAAGUCAGCCAUUAUGCGACUGUGGCCUGCAGGCGAUUGCAGCGGAUCGGCGCGCACGGCAAACGACAACCUCGCAAGGCCACGGUGGAGGAUAUCGAUCAAGCAAGGAUACAAAUCUUCCGCGCAUCCAUGUUCGGAGCGACGCUCUCGGAAGUGAUGGCUUUGCAAAGGGACCGUUACCCGCUUAGAGAGUUACCAUGGAUACAGACUACGUUGACACGUCAAGUGUUGGUGCGCGGCGGCACCCUGACCGAGGGUAUCUUCCGAGUGUCCGCGGACGCUGACGAAGUCAGCGCAUUGAAGUCUUGUCUGGACAAAUUCGAGGACGGCGCGAUUUUGGCAGCUUCCCAGGACGCCCACGCGCCCGCUUCUCUGCUGAAAUUGUGGGUGCGUGAAUUGUAUGAGCCGUUGAUACCGGAUUCCUUCUACGUGGAGUGCGUGUCGAUGCGACACGACGACCCGGAAGCCUCCGCGGCCAACGUAGCUGCUCUUGUCGAUCGUCUGCCGGAUCUUAACCGUCGUGUGUUGUGUCACCUGAUACGCUUCCUUCAGAUAUUCGCUAGACCCGAGGUGGUCGCCCGCACUAAAAUGGACGCCAAUAAUCUCGCGAUGGUGAUGGCGCCGAAUGUAUUACGAUGCACCUCCCAAGAUCCUCGAGUAAUCUUAGAGAACGCACGGAAGGAAAUGGCCUUCGUCCGUACUCUCAUCGAGUCACUAGACACCGCUUGGGUCGAUGAUCUUCACUGACCAUCCUAUCGCGUUAGAGAAAAGUCCGCUCUAGACUACUAUGCCAAAUGAAUCAGCUGUAUAGUCACGUCUAUUGUUAGUUAUCUCUCACUGUUCUCGAUUUGUCUUCACUCUUCUUGUUUGUUCCAUUGUCACCGAUCCCCCCCCCCCCCNCCCAUAGUCCUAUAUAAAUGUUCGUAAUGGUAAUUUAGUGCUAAAGUCUUACCAAGCUAAUCACCAACCCGAGACCUUGAUUUUCCGAUCCUUAUUUCCUAUUUAUUAUUUAUAUACAGAUUCUAUGUUAUGUAACAGAUAGAGAUUAUUAGAUUAUAUUAUGUAUAUCGCUAUAUAUCAUAUUAUAUAUUUUACCAACCCUUGUUACCGCGUCAAACAAACGUGGACGGCUUUUUUACUCGAUCAUUGUUGAAUCUCGUGUAAGAUAAAAAAAAAUACAUCAUGUGUUACCGUGUAUAGCUGCGCUCCGCGAUGAUCUUUUUGUAUAAGCGACGGAUUAACGUGUAAAACGUUUGUCGAGGAGUAAAUACUGCGAAAGAUUAGCAAGCUGUA